UGGAACUAAACAAUGGAACCAGAUAUUAUUCGAAUGUACUCCUCAUCCCCUCCACCACUAGACAACGGAGCCGAUGAUGAUGAUGAAGAUGAAUUUGGAGAAUUUGGAGGAUUUUCUGGUGUAAGCAGUGCUGGUGUAGCUUUUGCUGAUUUUGAUACGCCAGACUACAGUCAUCCAAAGGAGGAGUUUAUACCCACAAAUCAUUUCAUCCCACUUCAUGAUUAUUCUGACAAUGUAGCUAGCAUUGCAACGUUCACAUCUGUUAAAAAUGUUAAAGACAAAGACUGCAUUGCAGAGCUUCCUACUCUUCCUAAGGAACUUUCUGAUAUGUCAGCUACUAGUACCAGCAAAGAAAAAUCUAAAUUUAGAACUUCAGGUACUGCUUUAGAAGAUGUAAACAAAAGAGGGGAACAAAGAGACAACACUGGGAAAUCGGAGGGUUUUUCUUCUCGUAUCAUUAGAACUGGUAUAGCAGUUGAGAGCCAGGAUGAGCAAAUAGAUGCUUGUAAUGGUGAGAAACUUCCAUGUCUAGAGAUUCUAACAAACGGAUUUGCAGCAUCAGACCCUGUAAAUCCUCAGGGAACAGAAGAUCUAGACAGUAUCGGUGACUCAAAGGGACUGAAAACUGUUAGCACCCAUAGUACUGAGAAAAAUUUGAACUCAAUGCCUAGCUCAGGUGAAGACUUUGCAGAUUUUGCUACCUUCUCAAACAAAAAAACAAUCCAUUUAGAGGGAACAGGACCUAUAAUAUGCGGUGUUCUUAAUGAAAGAGACUCUCUGAGCAUUCAAGAGAACAACAGAAUAAACAGAGUAACUUGUAUUGAAGAAGAGGUUUGCAUUUCAGAAAUUAGUUGCGAACAGGGUUCCUCAGCACUGGAAGAUAAUGAACUUGCAAUUUCUAGUACGUCUCGAACAACUGGAAGUUCAAUAUGCACUACUGAAAAUGGAGAACGCAGUGGGAAGAGAAGACAGCCUGGCACAGAGAAUGGCAAAGAUUUCACUAGGCCUGAUGACUCUUUGGGAACAGAGGACAUCAAGGUUAAGAUCCAAAGCCUAAUCAGUGAUCCUGCAGGAGAAAAAUUGGGUGAUUCUGAAGAUCUUAAGAACGGUGGAAGUAGUACUGAAGUUGUAGCUUGCAGUGACACACAGGACGAUGAUUUUGGUGAUUUUGGUUCAGUCAGCAGUGCAUCUCCCACCUUCAUUAAUGCUCAAGAAUCGAUAAAUGCUCUAGAUUUAGAAGGAACUUCCGAACAGCCCACACAUAUUAGUGAACCUAAUGAUGAAUUUGGUGAAUUCAGGGACACAAAUACUGUUUCUCAGCAACCAGCAAGGUUGGAUCAAGCUGAACUAAAUCAGACUGCUGACACUUUAGAAUGUGAUACUACCAGUAAAACUUCUGGCUUAGACUUCCAGCAUACUACUGAGGUAGCAAAUGGUGAUGAUAGUGAAUUUGGAGACUUUGAUUCAGUGCCAAAACCUCAAGAUGAGAGUGUUGCUUUUCAGGACUCUGACGACUUUUGUAACCAAGCUACAGACUGGAAUGCUUUUGAAGAUGAACAAAAAGACAGCUGUUCUUGGGCUGCCUUUGGGGAUGAGCAAGCUGGUGAAUCUCAUCACAGAAAAGAGACGUGGCAGUCACAUAGGACAGAUGCAUCUGCCAGGAUUGAUGGUCCAGCAUUACACAAGACUGACAGUUUUGCUUUAGCAUCUUUCCAAGGAACUACCAGUAAGCAAUCUCAAGAGCCAGCACCUUCAGUUCAGACAACAUUGCUAAGUCGUCUGGAACGAAUAUUUGAAGUCUGUUUUCCUUCCAUGCCUGUUCUUGAAAUUGAAGAAGAAAUCAGUUCCUUGAAUCAUUUGUUGGAAGCAGGUGAAAAGCAGAUGACAACUGAGGAGACCUUAGCAAAUACUGGGGAACUGAUGGACGUGUGGACAGAGCUGCAGGAUAUCCAUGAUGCAUAUGGACUGAGAUACCAGUGGGGUGGCUCCCACAGCAACAAAAAGCUUUUGUGCUCCUUGGGAAUCGACACAAGAAAUAUUCUCUUUACAGGCAACAAGAAACAGCCUGUUAUAGUACCCAUGUAUGCAGCAGGACUGGGUAUGUUAGAGCCUACCAAGGAACCUUUGAAACCAAUAUCUGCAGCAGAAAAAAUAGCUUCAAUAGGACAGACACCUCCUGUAUCACCAGAGAUGAACACAUGUACAUCUGAUCAGUUCCAGGAAUCUCUACCACCUGUCCAGUUUGACUGGAGUAGCAGUGGCCUUACUAACCCUUUAGAUGCUAGUGGAGGUUCCACUCUUCUGAACCUUGAUUUCUUUGGGCCCGUGGAUGACAGUAGCUCUAGCAGCACCACCACAAUCCCAGGUGUGGAUCCUGAGUUGUAUGAAUUGACAACCUCAAAACUGGAAACUUCCAAUGCAAGCAACAGAGUGACUGAUGCGUUUGCAAGACUCAUGUCCACAGUGGAGAAGGCAAGCACGUCCACAAGGAAGCCUAAAAAGGAAGAACAUCUUAGUGAAGAAGCUGCCAAGGUGAUUUCUAGCCUUCCUGACUUAACUUUCAUGCAUGCCAAGGUGUUGAUGUUCCCAGCCACAUUAACACCUUCAACAAGCUGCCAAGAAAAGGUAGACUAAAGUGAUGUGAAUUGGACGUUUUCUAUUGAUUUUUUUUUUUCCUUCCCUCUGUGGGUCGUAAAAAGCAAUCUUGCUUUAAUUAAAAAAAAAAUCAAGUUCAGAUGAUUUGUUGGUAAGCAGCACUAGAAAGGUAUACAUAGUAAUGUAUAUUUAUUUACAUACUGGAGUCCUAAAUUUAUAUUAGAGAAAAAUGUAAAUAAUUGGGGGUAAAUCUUUUUGAAGAUCUAUUCUUUUUGUUGUGCUGGGGUGUAUACAUUUAUGUCUUUGUGAAAUACACUGGUGGUGUCCUUCUUACAAAACUUUAAAAAGUUUAAAAAAAAAAAAUCCUGGAAACACAUAAUGAAAACUUCAA